AUACGGCAAAUCUCUGUCUUGGAUUUACAAUAUUAAUUGUAACAACAGGCUUCCAAAUCCGUAGUAUUAUAUAUUUAUAGGUUAUAGUACGUGUACGAUAUUUUCAAUAUUAUUAAUGAACAAUGAAAUAAAGAAAAUCUGUCAAAGAUAAUACAAAAGGUACUGCCUCUUUAAUUCAACUCCCUAUUAAUCAACUUCACUUCUGUAUUAUCUAAUCGUAAUUAAUAAACGUCGCCGAUCACCGUGGCGAACCUUCUUUAUCAUUCGCUUAAAUGACAUAUUUACAUGUGCAUUACUAUUACCGUAGGAACAAAGCAGUGAACCGGAUGUGACAAGGGAUAGGUGUGUCCGGUGUCACAUAAAACAUCGGCAUCCACCCUCGUCCCCGUGCGUAGGUGGUAGCAUAAAAAGGUACAGUGUCGAACCGUAUGUGUCCAGGUACACAUAAGUUAAUAAUGGGGAUGGGAUUCAUUAGCGAAUGUACCGGCUUGCUGGCAGGUUUACUAAGCAGUACUACGAUACGUGAGAAGCGUCACCACGCACCUGGACAACAUUCAAUCUUCAGGAUUCCCUAUAGCGACAAUGGAAAAAUUCAGCAAGAAGAUUCUGUCAAAGUCACAAGAAAUUUUCCCAGUGACACACCCGGGAAUUCAGACACCCCAACCGGAAGUUACCAUAGAAUUAGUCAACCAGGAAUCAGAGAUGCUGGAUUCCUUGGCACAACCAGGAACGAGCAGCGCGAAGAAUUCGGAUCAUCAAUUCAAAAGAGGAAGAUCCGCAGAGAGAACGAGAAAUAAAAAAUCAAAGGAACCAGGAACACCCGGGAUUCUGCGAGUAGACAGCACUCGUUCAUCCCGUUACUCCAGUUCCAUGCCGUUCUUAUCGCCCCAGGUCGAACCGUCGUCGCCACAGCCAUCGGUAGAUCGUUUGUCAGUGACGUUUGCAAUUGCGGAGGAUAAGACGAACGUUAAUAGCGAAGGAUAUAACGUUAAUUUCAAAACCUCCAAUUCUUUAAGUGAAGGGCCCACGAUUAACAGUGGCGUAGAGAUGCAGAGAAUUCCUACGAUUCCCGAUACCGAGGACGGUGGUGAGGACGAGGAUUAUUCGGCGUCUGCAUGCGCUAUUAUACAACGACGAGCAUCUUCUCGUUGUCAUACGCGUCGCAAGCGUCGAUCCUCUUCGCCAUUUAGUCCAGACGCCGAAGGCGCCCUGCGUCGUCGCUCAUCAGCAUUUACAACGAGUUCUGGCGAGAAUGUGUACUGUAGUACAGCGAUCUCGAUAGAAGAUGGCGGGACGCAGGAACAAAUUUUUGAAAAUCUUAAACUUCACAAGGAAGUUCUAAGCGGCGUGAGGCAGCAACCAUGGCCACUUCGACGUAAAAUGAAACUCGUUCAGCAGGCGAAGUCUUACGUUAGGAGACAUGAAGGUGCCUUGCAGGAAAGAUUGGCUCAGAGUCGAAGUACUCGUGACGUAAUUGCACGAGCUUCCAUUUUGAUUAACAAAAAGUGGCAAUACUUUCGGCGGGAAAUCGUGAAUCUUCAAACGUGGUUAAUACCUUGGGAACUUCGUAUAAAGGAAAUAGAGUCUCAUUUUGGUUCAGCGGUUGCCUCGUACUUCAUUUUUCUUCGUUGGCUUUUUUGGAUAAAUUUAGUUAUUUCAGCCACCCUAACUACCUUCGUAGCUAUUCCCGAGGUACUAACGGCUAAUCAAACUCUUGCUGGAGAGAGGAAAGUCAUGUUACCGGAGGAAAAGCUUAAGUCAAAACAUUUCUUGACACUGUGGGAAUUCGAAGGGAUUUUAAAGUACUCUCCAUUUUUUUAUGGAUGGUACACAAAUCAAGAUUCUACUAGUGGAUACAGAUUGCCACUGGCUUACUUUGUGGCAAAUCUUGUCGUCUAUACCUACAGUUUCGUCGCCAUUUUACGAAAAAUGGCGGAAAAUUCGCGAAUGAGCAAACUCUCUGAAAAGGAAGACGAGUGUGCCUUCUCCUGGAAACUUUUCACCGGCUGGGACUUCAUGAUUGGAAAUCCGGAAACGGCGCACAAUCGAAUAGCUAGCAUAGUACUUGGCUUUAAAGAGGCGCUGUUGGAAGAGGCAGAAAAGGAGAAAGAUGAGAGAAAUUGGAAAAUCAUAUCUAUGAGGAUCUUCGUGAAUAUAUGUGUCAUGAGUUUAUUGGCUCUGUCGGCUUACGAAGUGGUUGUCAUUGUAGCUCGUAGUAUGGAACCGGAAGCAGCUGAAAGCUGGUGGCGACAAAAUGAAAUUACUGUUAUAAUGUCAUUGAUUACAUUCAUUUUUCCAUUUUUCUUUGAGAUACUGGGUAUCUUCGAAAAUUAUCAUCCAAGGAAACAAUUGCGCAUACAAUUGGCACGGAUAAUGCUGCUCAAUCUUCUAAACAUGUAUUCCCUCAUAUUUGCCCUUUUCGAUAAAAUCAGCAACAUGGAGGCCCAAUUACAAAAUCUAAAACCCAAUUCCACCAUCGCUCCUCCAAUUUGCAGAGAUACUUUAAUACCAUGCUACACUAAUACUACUAAUUCCGUAGUCACGCUAUCCGCUUUGAGUCUUAUAUUAUUAACAAACGUCAGUUCCACCGGUACGACUAAUGGCUUUUUAGAAAAUAAUGCUAAUGGUCUAAACAACGUAAUUAAAAGUACUCCAUCUCUUUAUGAUACAACGGCGUUAAAUAGAAAAAAGCCAGAAAAUUUAAUGGACGCUCCUGAUUAUUUCAACGGGAAUGAUGAUUAUAACAACGUUGAUUAUAACAAUAGCGAUUACAAUAACUAUAGCUAUGACAUGAACAAUGACGACGAGUAUAACGAGUAUUACGAUCUAGUUUAUGGAAAUGCUACUACCGAGUAUUACGAUUCUUAUUAUUACGAUGAUAACGAUACUAUUAAUAUCAUCGAUACCACUGCAAAAAUAUUAGAAGAUGAUACGUACAACGUUACCACGUUCACAGAAAUUAUUGACUUCAAUGAUACUAGUACUUUCGAUUACAACAGUACUGAUGGUACUGAGACAAUGAAUGAUUAUAGUACGUUUUCUACAAUCACUUCUCCCGUUACAACGAGUAGUGCUACUGAUAGCAGUACUAAUGAUAUUUCAACGAAUACAUGGACAACUCCUGUUGCCAAAUCAACGAGCACUUUUGAUAGUAUCACUGAUGAAGUAACUACUGAACUAAUCGCAUCGAGCAGUAGCACCCAAAGACCUGUAAAGGAUACAACCGUAAUAGAGAAAAGGAUAGUAAGGUGUUAUAAAAGAUCAUGCGAAAGUCCAACAAUGUCUCCAGAAACGUCAAUGGAGAGUACAGUCACAGUACUGCUAAAGUUGGAUAAUACAACACGUAGGGAGCUGCGUCGAUUAUGCUGGGAAACAAUGUUCGGUCAGGAGUUAGCAAAAUUAACAGUAAUGGAUUUAAUACUUACGAUAUUGUCAACUCUCGGUAUGGAUUUUGCACGUGCAGUCUUUGUACGAUUUAUGAACAACUGUUGGUGCUGGGACCUGGAGAAACAAUAUCCUCAAUACGGAGACUUCAAGAUAGCUGAAAAUAUUUUACAUCUGGUAAACAACCAAGGGAUGGUAUGGAUGGGGAUGUUUUUCAGUCCUGGACUGGCUGCCUUAAAUCUUCUCAAGCUUGGUAUUCUCAUGUAUUUACGUUCCUGGGCUGUACUCACCUGCAACGUGCCGCACGAAGUUGUAUUCAGAGCGUCAAGAUCAAAUAAUUUUUACUUGGCAUUGCUACUGACCAUGUUAUUCCUGUGCGUUUUACCUGUUGGCUAUGCCAUUGUAUGGGUAGAACCAUCCUGGCACUGUGGACCAUUUGCUGGACAUAGUAGAAUGUACCAUUUAGCCACGCACAGUCUGAAGAAUGUCUUACCGGCAACGUUUCACAAGUGCUUGGAUUACAUUGCUUCUCCAGGAAUUAUAAUUCCGUUGAUUGUUUUGAUGGCGCUUAUCAUCUAUUACAUGGUAUCUCUCACCGGUUCGCUCAGGGAAGCUAAUAACGAUCUUAAGAUUCAACUGCGUCAGGAGCGGACGGAGGAGAGAAGAAAAAUGUUUCAGAGAGCAGAGAAGCGACAGGAAGUGCACGAGACGCCAUUUGUGCGUUGGAAGAAGAUACUACCGGUAUUACCGUCUAGUAAAUCUGCUGAUAUUGCAAUUUCAAAAGGCAUAAUCGGAAAUGUAGUACUGGAGCACAAAGAACGUAAACGGUCAGCCACAUCGGAAGCGGAAGAGGCUACGGAUAUAGAGCAAGACUCUUUACCACAUGAUCCUGCGUUGUGCCAGCAGGAUCUUCUUGUUGAGAAUAAUUCAAGACACAGAGCAUUGGUCAAACAAAGCUCUAAUAACAGGAGUUUCUCCAGUGGAUCAAUAAAGGAUUCUUUCGAGCAACACUCCAUUGAUUAUGGUGUAAUACCGGAAAUUCGUAUCAGCGUUACCGAAGUUGGAAACGAAGUUCCCAGCAAUUCAAAUUCCGGAAAUGAAGCUCACGCGUCCGAUAUCCUUGGCGAAUCUUCAGUAAAAAAUGUCACAGUACUAUCGGAUAAUAAAGAUAAAUCAUCUUCGGCCAAGGAAGAAGCUUUGCAAUGAAAACAACAGAAGCUCUUCAGAUAUAUUG